AUGUCUAGCAGAAGGUCAUCACGCUCAAGACAUUCAGGAGGUUCUUCAAGGACUAUAUCUGAGGACCAGAUUAAUGAUCUUGUUUCCAAGUUGCAAGACCUUCUUCCUGACCUUCCUAAUAGGUCCUCUGACAAGGUUUCAGCAACAAGAGUGCUGCAAGACACAUGCAACUACAUAAGAGGGUUGCACAGAGAAGUUGAUGAUCUUAGUGAGCGCUUGUCUGAACUCUUAGCCAAUUCUGACUCCGCCCAAGCUGCACUUAUUAGAAGCUUGCUUAUGCAAUAGAAACAGACCGUCCUUUUUUCUGCUUCCUUCAUAGGUUUUUUUUUUUUUUUUUUUUUUUUUGGCAUUUUCAAAUUUUGCUUCUAGGGUUUUCCUUCUAUUACGCUCUCUCCUAAUUAAUUUUGUUGACUACUAGGAAUUCCUUAUCAAGUUUCUGAUGAGGUCUUUGUUCAGUGAAACUUGUGUGCAAUAAAAAGGAGAGCAUUUUGAUUCUCAUCGUCUCUAAUAUUCAAAUGACGUUGUUUUAGGUUUUGGGUCUUAUGGGUAAUUGAAUGUGUUG